AUGUUGCUGUGUUUAUAUUUUACAUAUUGACAGAUCGCAUGUGGCAUAGCCUCCUCACAAUUUUAAAUAAUUAAUUAAUUUUUUAAAUAAAAUAAAUAAAAAAUUCUCUAAAAUGGACAUCAAGCAGCAAGUGAUUGACAGAUUCAAUGAAUUACUGGGGACGGACUUGAAAAAUUUAGAUAAAAUGGUACAAUUUCAUGAGCAGUUACAGCUGGAGAAACGUCAGAUUGAAGAAUCACUGACUAUGGCAUCAACAGAGGCACCAUCAAAAAUAAAAGCCGCAGUCGCGAAUGUUGAAUUGAUAAAAACAGACAUUGAAGAUUCCAUUGAAAUGGCGCAAAAUUUACAGGAGUCAAUAACAGACUCACUACAACGUGAUGUCAAAACUAAGUCCAUCGAAACAAUAAUCAAUAGUCUAGAAGAACUUGAAAGAGGUUUAUCAUACUUGUCAUUAGUUAAAUCUAUCGACAGCAUCAGCAAUGACAUUGAAUCAGCAAUGGCUUCUGGUAAUGAUAAAUCGAUGAUUAAUUUAUUUACAAAUCUUUUGGAAAUAAGUUGUCAAUUAGAAACAUCAGAUUGUCACAAUCUCGUUAAUUUUGUGCGCGAAACUUUGCACUUUUGGCAUAAUCAUUUGAAAGAUAAAUUUACCACAGAGUAUAUGGAUGUUUUAAAAAGUUUAAAAUGGCCUUUUUGCGGCGACAAUAUUUCUACGUUGGCAUCACCGUCAUCAGAUGCAAUGACGAAAUUCAAAACACUGACAGAAUAUUUACUGCAAUUACAAUUACCACAGGAGACUGAUAAAUCAUCAGUUAAAUCAAAUCUCGCUGAUUUUUUGCCCGUCAGUUUGCCGAUAAAUUUACUGGUUCGUCCACUGCGUCAACGUUUUGUUUAUCAUUUUACGGGGAACAAACAAACAAAUCGUCGUGACAAACCCGAGUGGUAUUUCACUCAAAUACUCUCGUGGAUUAGAGAUCACGAGUCUUGGAUAGAAAAAAAUGUCCAGCCUGUAUUUAAUUCCAGUGACUUUAGUUACAUAAAUGCUAAGGCCGAGUUCAUGCGAGCACUCGUACAGUUGGCUGUUGAAAAACUUCACUCAGAAUUGCCGAUUGUGCAGUACGACGAUGCGCUCUUUGCUCAUUUAGUUGACGAAGCCCUCGCAUUUGAACGCGAGUUGAGAGAAAAUCUUCUCUACCCGGCAAAUCAACCGGCGACUGUUUCUGUUUUGACUCAAGCACAAAUUUUCGUUAAAUGGAUUAAUAUGGAAAAGAAAUAUGCAACUGAAAAAAUGGAUGCGAUUUUAAGUGCGCCAGCGGCAUGGGAACGUAUUGCUGUUGCUAAUGUCGACAAUAUGAAAGUCACUGAAUGCGCUGAGGCAUUUUUAACUUUGCUGACAGCUAUGAAUGAAAGAUACAGUCAUUUACCUCAGCCGGGUCACAGAUUGCAAUUUCUGGAGCUGCAAUUAGAACUAAUUGAUGACUGGAGAGUGCGUUUACUACAACUACUCCAUCAGGAUUGUGAAGAUCCACUUUAUUCGUUGAUCCCCCGAGUACUUAAUUCGGUAAAUUAUGUAGUGAAUGUCUUGAUGGAGUGGGGAGUCACCGUCCACUUCCUGCAACUCCACUACUUCAAAAAACAAUGCGAGGCUGCUGAUCUGGCGACGGACUUGGGCCUGGACUUCCUGGAAGAAUCUGCGGAGGAAAGUGGAACCGUGUUCGAUGAUGCCGUUGCAUUGUUGAAGAGACUAGAGAAAGAAUUGCUAGAAGAAAUAAGCGAUUCUGUUGCACUGGAAGUGAAAGCGCGUAGCAGACCUUACAGAACUGAUAAAUGGUUCACGAUGCAAAGUGACAAGGAGCUGGCGUCACUGUCCGUGACACCCAGUGGCUGUUUGAUGUUUGAAGAACUGGCUGCGAGACUUCAUCUUAUGAAUCAAGUUUUGUCUCUACAGCUUUUCAAUCAAGCAUGGAGGAACGUCGCCUCUCAGCUAGACCAGUAUCUCUUUGAAGGAGUUGUCUUGGAGAACCAAUUCAAUGCUGGUGGAGCUGUUCAAUUGAAGCAUGACAUAACGCGAAAUUUAUUCCCGUUGUUUGGACUCUACACAAAUAAACCAGAAUCAUUUUUUCCUCUAUUACGCGAGUCUUGUUUGUUAUUAAACAUGCUCUUAGGAUCUGUGAUGUUAUUGAUGGAAGUACUGGAAGGUGACAACGAGGAAGCAGCUAAAGAAGUACUAGCUGACGUGGGUGUCUUUACACUCUCACCUUCUUCAGCUCUUAUGGUUUUAAAAGCCAGAACUGACGUCGCAAUGCAAUAAAUAUAUUUCUAAAAUUAAUAA